AUGGCGUCCAACACAGAAGGAGUCGAUCGGUCCGACACGGCCGCUCUCGACUACAACGAGAAGCACGGUCACGGUUAUGAGAGCAGCACCUCGCCCCCUUCUGAGGUGCAGGCCGCCCUCGCCGACACCAACAUCCUGCACAAGGACUACGAGGGCAAGCCCACCGACGAGGAGCUGGUAACUCUCAGGCGUGUUCCCGGGGGCGUGCCGUGGGUGGCCUACUGCCUGUGUGCCGUCGAAUUCUGCGAACGUGCCUCUUACUACGGAUGUGUCUCUAUUUGGACCAACUACAUCAACAGGCCUUUGCCCCCCGGCGGUAACGGUCUUGGGUCGCCGCUCCGCGGAAGCAACUACACCCAGGGUGGUCUCGGUCUCGGUGAGCAGAUUGCCACUGCCACAAGCCAGUCUUUCAACGUCAUCGCCUACUGCUUCCCCGUAUUCAUCGCCUACCUUGCCGACACCCGUUUCGGUCGCUUCAAUAUGAUCUUGUGGGGUGUCAUACUCUGCGGUGUCGGUCAUGUUCUCAUCGUCGCCGGCGGCGCCAGGGAUCUGCUUGCGAGUGGCGAGGCCAAGAUCCCCUUCUACAUCGGCGUCUAUAUCCUAGCUAUUGGCGCUGCCAUGUUCAAGCCAAACGUCACGCCCAUCAUUCUCGACCAGAUGUCUUCCCACGUGCCCAUGGUCAGGACACUGAAGAGUGGCGAACGGGUCAUUGAGGACCCUGAGCAUUCCACCGAAAGAGUCAUGCUGUGGUUCUACCUCCUUAUCAACGUGGGUGGCUUCAUGGCUGUGGCAACGUCGUAUUCAGCUCGUCUCGUCGGGUGGUGGUUGGCCUUCCUGCUGCCUCUCCUCCUCUACCUCCCGCUUCCCAUCCUGCUGAUCUGGCUGAAGCCCAAGCUGAUCCUGCACCCGCCGGGAGGCUCUGAUUUCCCCAACUUCUUUCGCGUCAUCGGAUGUUGCCUCAAGAAUGGCGGUCUCAAGAGGAUCGGCAAGACUGGAUUCUUCAACGUUGCCAAGCCCACCUACCAGCUGGCCCACGGCCUCCCGGUCUCGACCAAGUGGAAUGACCAGUUCGUCGACGACUGCCAGCGCACGCUGCAGGCCUGCGGCAUGUUCGCCUUUUUCCCCGUCCAGUUCUGGAACGACAACGGUAUCGGCAACGCGGCCAACUACCUCGGUACCAUGCUUACUGGCAACGGUGUGCCCAACGAUGUCAUCAGCAACUUCAACUCCUUGAGCAUCAUCGUUUUCAACCCCGUUCUCAACUUCGCCUUAUACCCGUUUCUGCGUAAGGCCGGCAUCCACUACGGUCCCGUUGCCCGCAUCGCCACCGGUUUCUUCAUCUCCACUCUUGGCGGUCUGGGAUACACGCUUCUCCAGUGGAAGGCCUACGAGAGCAGUCCCUGCGGCUACUAUGGCUCCUCGGCCCCCGAAUGUGUCGACAACGGCCUGGUCUCGCCCAUCUCCCUGUGGCUCGAGGCCAUCCCGUACGCCCUCGGCGGUAUCUCCGAGCUGUUCAUCAACGUCCCGGCCUACGGUAUCGCCUACUCACGUGCCCCCAUGAACAUGAGGGGUGUGGUGUCCGGUCUCAAUCUCUUCUUCAGCUCCGGUGUGGCUUACAUUGUCAACCUGGCCACGGCCAGCGCGGUCACCGAUCCGUGGUUGAUUGGCGCUUUCGCUGGUCCCACCGCCGUCGGCGGUGUCGUGACAGUCUUCUUCUACUUCUACUUCCGCCACAUCGACAAGGAGGAGUACGUCCUUUCGACCAACGUCAUGCCCCAGACCAACAUCUUGGACGACAGUACUGGCGCGCGCCCCAGCUUCGUCGAGAACGGCCUAAACAAGUCGCCGAACCACCCCGCUCCCAUCGCCGAGAACGAGACGGGCAUCAUCUCCACGAAGCAGUAG